CACAUUCAAAUGAGUCCGGGCUCUUGUUUUUCUGAUAAUAGCACGUUUAUUACACAUUUUAGCUGCUUUAUUCAUUGACAUGUCUGGUUAACGUUAUGAUGUUGGUCGGUGAAACAUGUCUGAAGCAGCUUUAGAAGAAGUUUCGGUUUUAUCUUCGAUUUACUGCGGAGACGGAGAGUUUGAGCUGCUGCAUCAGUCUGCUGAUGGCGUGACGGUGCAGAUCACCUCGUCUGUUCUGGGAGGAGGGGGGGUGACUCUGCUCUUCCACCUGCCCCCCUCCUACCCCCUCUGCCCCCCUGACGUCUCCGUCUCGUCCACCGCUCUGUCCAGAACCCAGUGUCAGAGCAUCAGACGCCACCUGCUCCAUCAGGCCGCCUCUUUACCCCCAGAGGCGAUGGUGCAUCAGCUGAUGGAGAGUUUACAGAGCUUUGACGUGUCUGAGGCCCUCCCUGGAUCAGAGUCGAAGGUGAAACCGGACCAGGACCAGGACCAAGACCAGGAUUUGUGGGUCUCAGUUCUGUCUCUGGACCACAUCAGAUCCAGAAACCGUUACGUGUCUCUCCUGGAGCGGUGGAGCAAACAGCUGCAGCUCAGUGGGAGGUUAAUAUUGGGACGAAACAUUCUGGUUUUACUACAGGGAAACAAAGCCAACAUCAAGGAGUUCUGUUGCCUUUUAAAAACAGUCAAGGUGGAUGUGGAUUCUUCGGGCAGAAAGUGUAAAGAGAAACUGAUGAAAGUUCUCAUUGAGACGCCGUCACCUGCGGCGGCUCAGAGCAGUCUGCAGGGGUUUGUGGUGGGAGAGUGCUCGUCCCUCUCACAGCUCAGAGCGGCGUUUGAGGAAGUUCAUCUGGGCGAGGUCUACAGGGACAUUCAGCCGUCAUUACGAGACUGAAGCAAAGAGAACCAAAACUAUAAACAACCGAUGGACGCUCCUUUAGAGAGAGGGGGAGGAGCUCAGUCACACAGCAGGAGCUCGGGGUAGAGCCGCUGCUACUCCAUGUGGAGAGGAGCAGUUGAGGCUCCGACGUCUGUUUCAGAUCCCUCUGGGAUGUCUCCCUGGGGAGGUGUUCAUGUCCCACCAGGAGGACGCCCCAGAGGAGACCCGGACAUGCUGGAGGGACUAUGUCUCUGAGCUGGCCUGGGAACACCUUGAGGUCUCACUGGAGGAGCUGGAGGAAGUGUCUGGGGUGAGGGAAGCCUGGGAGUCCCUGGAUACAGUUAAAGACACAGUUAAAGGCAGAGUAUGGCCUGUACACUGGAUCACAGCUGUUUGUGGAUUUGAAAAGAUUUGAUAUUUGGCUGUUGUCCCACACAUGAAAGUUCCAUAUAUUUGACUGACUUUAAACUCCCGUCUAGCGCCCUCUGCCUGUGCCUGUGUCCCUGUGUGCACUCCUCUGUUUGUAGCCGCAGCAGCAGCUUCCUUGUCGUGUCCUAAAUCUACAUUUGAUUUUUUUUUUUUUCUCACUGGACUCAAACAAAAGCUGAUUGUGCUUCAGAGACAGAGGCUCCGGCUCCGAGCCUCACCCUCCACUGUCUGACUGUGAGAACAUCAGGCCUGUUUAUGCUGAAAAAGGAGGGAAAAUCCUCUUAGGGCAGUUUGAAUGUGUUUUUGUUUCAUACGUUUGACUUAAUAGGUUCAAAUAUUUGGAUAGUUUUAAUAUGGUUUAUAUUGGACACUACAGGAGGUGUUUUUGUUAACGUAAAACUGCACUGACCUUAAAAAUCUCAUGUUUCUGAUCUGUUCUAAUGUUUCCUCAUCACAAACAGACCUGGAGUUGUGUUUUGUUUCAUUCUCACAUGUUUAACGCACAAACCCUGCAGAUUUAGGCUGAGUUCUUCUUUCAAACUAACAAGAAAACACUCUGUUCCACCUUGUGAUGUCAUCAUGUGGUAAUACAGGAAGUGCUCCACUGUGUUUUUAAACUUUAAACUUCACUAGAAUCAUUUGGAUGAUUUGGAUGAGUUGCCAUUUAUCUUGACUGAACUAAAGGUAAAAGGAGCUGUUCACUUGAAAACUACCACUUGAUGACAUCACAAGGUGGAACAGAGCAUUUUGAGCUUUUCAGAUGUAAACAGACUAAUAAUUAACUCAAACAAAACACAAGUCCAGGUCUGUUUUUGAAGACGUAACAGCAUUAGAACAUGACUUAAAGCAACAAGAAUCCAUUUUGUGUCAUACAACCGUUAAAUAAAACAUUUUCUCCUCUACAAUACACACUUUUUUGUAUUUUUGUUUACUUUUUAACCUUAAUCCAAAGAUGUAGUAUAGGCCUGCUUAGUAUAGUUUUUCAUUAGGUUUAUGCUUCCCCCUAGUGGACACUAUUAUACUUGCACUGCCUUAUGAAUUGUCCUGAUACAUUUUUGCAAGAUAAAGUUAAAGCCAUGUAUUUUUUUUUGUAUUUACAUAGUUUUAUUAAUGAUAUAAAUGUUUCAAUGGCAUGAAAACGAAAUGUUUCAACUGCCUAAACAAGGUCCGGAUGAUUCCCUUUGAAGUUCUACGCAACCAGGCAAUUUUGAGUUUAUUUUUUGAGGAUCUACAGUGUGAAUAAUCAUGGAAAUAAACAAGAAACGAUACAGCAGACGAUACAAAUAUAAUACACUGUGGCAAUGAUUUAGAAACAGUAAUUGAGGAGCUAGAAAAAGAACUAAAAUUGCUGAUAAGCUGGUUUGACUCAAACAAAUUAACUUUAAAUCUAAAGAAAACUAAAUUCAUAGUAUUUACAAAUCGCUGAAUAAAUGUGAACAGGAAUCUUAUUAUUCAUAAUACAGAAAUAGAGCAAAUAAAUCAAAUUAAAUUUCUAGGAAUAAUAAUCCACUAUAACCUAAGUUGGAAAAGCCACAUACAAUUCAUAAAGACAAAAUUAUGCAAAUCUUUAGCAAUUAUAUCAAAAGUAAAAGAAUGUUUGAACGAAAACAUUGUUCAUUUUGUAUAUUUCGUUGAUAUUUCCCUACAUGACCUACUGUGUGGAGGUGUGGGGAAAUACAUACCAAACAAAUAUCAUUCCUAUUGCAGUUGUCCAAAAACGAGCAAUGCGAAUUGUGAACAAAGACAAUUUAUGUAUAAAAUUAAGAAUAAACAAUUACCAUUUCAUAUCCAAGAUCUGUUUAAAAAUCGAGAUUGUGCUUAUAAUCUUAGAGGACAUGAUGUAUUUUAAAAAAACAAGUGUCAGAACAAAUGUAAAACAGCACUGCAUUUCAACUGUUGGAGUAAAU